AUGAGCCUCAUGGCGGCCUUCCGCGCCGCCAAAAUCCUGCGCACUCUUCCCCUAAAGUGCGGCGAGCUAGCCGCCGUGGCCGCCUCGGCCUCGGCAUCCGGGGAUCCGCCGCCGGGGGCCGUGAAGUGUAGGAAGGCGUCGACGCCGCCGUGGUGCGUGUACCUUAUAGCCUCCUCCCGGAUCCCCCGCACCUACAUCGGCGUCACCACCGACUUCCCUCGCCGGUGA